CGACGAUACCCUGGAGGUGGUUGCCAUGGAGUGACAGCAAGAGGAAGGAUCUUAUGCUUCUCGACGUAGCGGUGGUGGUGGUGGUGUAACCUACCCAGUUUUCUACCUCUUCCCACUUCCCAGUAAUAACAGGAUAAACCCAAAGAAGAGGACGAUGGGUAUGGCGGUUCAGGGUUUAUCGUGUGCUCAGAGUGAACGCUUCCUUGCACCAUGGCGACCUAUUCCUUUGCAACGCAAGCCUCUUUUCUGCUCCGUUUUUCUUCCUUCUCGCCCUCGGAACCUCUGCUCUUCAAUUGUCGCCGCUUCUUCCAAAAACAAAAACAAGAAAAAAUUGUCUCAUAAUCUUGUUACUGAGGGGGAUAACGAGGAUGAGGACGCAUUUGAGCUGCUCUUCAAGCAACUUGAAGAAGAUCUCAAAAACGAUGAUUUGUCUAAAGGUGAUAGCAAUGAUGAUAUAACUGAGGAAGACAUUGCCAUAUUUGAACGUGAGUUAGAAGAUGCAUUGGGAGACUAUGAUACUGAAUUGUUAAACUCGGAAGAUAUAAACGACACAGAGACUGGUGAUGAUCCGGAAAAUGGUAAUGAUGAUGGAGAUGAAAGGUCACUCAAACUUAGGAAUUGGCAACUGAAGAAGUUGGCUCAAGCUUUAAAAACUGGCCGUCGUAAAACAAGUAUAAAAAAUCUUGCUGCUGAGCUUUGUCUUGAUAGGGCUCUUGUUCUUGGUUUGCUUCGUGACCCUCCUCCAAAUCUUCUAAUGAUGAGUCUAUCAUUACCUGAUGAACCCACAGAAACAAUAACAUCACUUGAAACUAAACCUAGAGAGACUGUUCAUAAAGAAAUAAGUAUGGAUCGGGUGGAUUCUGGACCCAAGUCUAAAGAACCUAUUCAUACCAUGCAACGUAGUUGGUCUGCUCAAAAGAGACUGAAAAAGGCCCAAGUUGACACUCUGGAGAGAGUUUAUAGGAGAUCAAAACGGCCCACCGAUGCAAUGAUCAGUAGUAUCGUGCAUGUAACAAACAUUCCUCGAAAAAGAGUUGUUAAGUGGUUUGAAGACAAACGCAAUGAGGAGGGAGUUCCAGAUCGCCGGAUUCCUUACCAACGCUCUGUUCCUGAAACUUCUUGAAGACUUAUCUUCUCUGAUUUGUUUUUAAACUGUGAGAAGUCUUAUAAUUGUAUAGAAAUUCAUAUUUCACCGACCCUGCUCAUGCUUUUAGGUUAUGACACUGGCUAUUCAAAAUGGGGCUGCGAUCACCUGAUACAGUGUGCAAUUUUGGUCCAUAGCAGCCAAUCUCAAAUAGUCAUAAGUCAUCAGCUUCCAAUAAUAAAUUGAAUUCCAAGAGCUUUAGGGAUGAUACACCAAGGAUCUCAACAAUUAACACAUCAGCAACAAGAGUUUUGACUACGGGCAAAGCCUAAGGAUAAGUGUUGUUUUGGUUCUUCUUCGGGAAGAAAGAGUGACAUUGUUGUGAAGAGGAUAACAAUCCCAAUAGCCGCACCACUGCCUCUUCUUUUGAGCGCAAGGUGUUGGGUGUGGUAGCAGAAGCUUCUCUAGUGAUUUCUCUGAGAAUCUCUACUGGGUGCGCAUCUUGCACUUUUAGAGGGUCGAGACUCUGGGGAGGCAAUACUGACAUGACAUGUAGAUGAUACCAAAAAUUCGUGUUCGCCUUUGAUCCGUUUUCUAAUUCAAAUUGUAUUUGUGUUGGUAAAAAUUGAGACGAAAAAAUUUGUAUUGCGUAGUAUGCUAACUUGUAGGCGCAAAAUUUAUCGACGUUAAUUUUUUUAUAGGUUAUUGGUGUUGUAUUAUGUGGUGUUGUGUCAAAUUACAUAAUAAGCUAUACAGUUUGAGAUU